UCUCUAACUUUUUAUAAAUUAAACAAAAAAAGCUUUGAAUUUUUUUUUAAAAAGUUUGUUAUAAUGUUUUUUGGAAGAAAAGAAGUUUUUUUAAGAAUAGUGCUAACUGGUGCCAUAGGUAUUUGUUCGUUCAUUGGUGAUCAAGGAUUGAAACAUGGAAAGACUGCCAUGUCACGCGCGAUUUUUGACAAUGUCACUCACGCAAUUGUUGGUGGACUUACUUGGGCAGUUAUCUUAAAUUUGUCAAAAAAACCUCUUAUACAAAACUUUUCUAGCAUUUUCUUGUGUUUUUCUUUAUCGUCAUUUAUCGAUAUAGAUCAUUUUAUUGCAGCAGGCAGUUGGAAAUUAAGUGAUGCAACACAUCUAGAAAAAAGACCAUUUUUUCAUUGUACUACUAUACCUAUAACAUUAUGGCUUAUGUUAAAUUUUUAUUCAAGUGUAUUUAAUCAUCCAAAAUUCAGUUAUUAUUCUUGGAUAAUAUUAGCAAGCUUUUUAAGCCAUCAUAUAAGAGAUGGUACAAGAAGAGGUUUAUGGUUUUGUCCUAUUGGUUCUACACAACCUAUUCCAUAUUAUUUAUAUUUAAGUAUGAGUAUGAUACUUCCUCAUGUGCUACAAUGGUUGAUGAUACCAUCUAUGCAUGAAUAUAAGUCUUCGGAUAAUGAAACAUUAAUUGAUAUUGUGUAAAUAGUAUAAAAUAAAUAUGGCUAAAUGUAUAUAAUAUGUACAAAUAUACAUGUA